CACGUGCCGCGGGCCGCAGGGCGGGUUCGCGGCCGCCAUGUUGUGCGGCCCCGGGCCGGGCCGGGCAUGGCGGGGGCCGGCAGCAACUGGCUCUCGGGGGUCAACGUGGUGCUGGUCAUGGCCUACGGCAGCCUGGUGUUCGUGCUGCUGUUCAUCUUCGUGAAACGCCAGAUCAUGCGCUUCGCCAUGAAAUCCCGCCGCGGCCCCCACGUGCCUGUGGGACAGCACGCGCCCAAGGAUUUAAAGGAGGAGAUUGACAUUCGGCUAUCAAGGGUGCAGGACAUCAAGUACGAGCCACGGCUGCUGGCUGAGGACGAUGGCCGGCUCCUGCAGUUGGAGACACCAGGCUGCUAUAACUACCUGUACAGGAUGAAGGCGCUGGAUGCAAUCAGGACAUCAGAAAUCCCAUUUCAAGCAGAGGGCCGGUACCCAAAGUCUUUAAUAGGGAAGAACUUCUGUGCCUACCUGCUGGAACUACGGAAUUCCAGCGCCUCCUUCAAAGGCAUCCGCAAAGCCUUGAUCGACACCUUGCUGGAUGGGUACGAGAGUGCCCGCUAUGGCACCGGGGUCUUUGGGAAAGCAGAAUAUCUGAAGUACCAGGAAGCUCUGAACGAGCUGGCAAACAUCACCAAGGCCCGGGGGGGCAGCAGCCAGCGGCAGCACCAGUCAGCAGCAAAGGACCUCACCCUGUCCCCUGAAGUCUCCAACCCCGCCACCAUCCAGGUCACCUACCUGCCUUCCAGCCAGAAGAGCAAACGUGCCAAACACUUCCUGGAGCUGAAGAGCUUCAAGGACAACUACAACACGCUGGAGAGCACCCUGUGAGCGUGUGGGGCCUGGUGCAGUGGGUGUGCAGGCGGCACUGGGAGGAAAGCAGCUGCGCUCUCAGAUCUCUCCCUCACACCACAUCUCCAUUCCAACUGCUGGAACUC